GUGAGGCAAGGUGACAGCAAGACACUAGACCCUGGACUUUAGGAUCAUUAGAGUCCGGCUUGCUUUAUAAGCUGCAAAACCUCACCAGCUCAACACAAGCAGUGCCAAGUGGAUUUGCAGAUACAACAGCAAACUCAGAUAUAAGAGCCAUGAAGGUCCUUGUUGUGCUCGCCCUUGCCGUUUUCACUGGCUGCAAUGCCAACAUCUUCUAUGCUGAUGCACCCAAGCCCCAGAUGGAGUUGAUGACUGAGGCCUUCUGGGACUAUGUCGCCAAGGCAACAGAGACAGCUGAUGACACCCUCCAGGUGAUCAAGAAAUCACCGUUUGGCCAGGGUGUCAAUGCCCGUCUGGAAGAAACUAUGUUUGUGGCUGCCCAUUAUUCCGUCGCCGUGCAGGAGCAGCUUCCCCCUGCAGCUAAGGACAUGAUCAGAAAAGUCACCACAGAGACCGAAGAGCUGAUGGGGCGUGUGGAAAGGGAGCUGGCCGCUGCCCAGGACGUCCUGAAGCCCUACACCGACAACAUGAAGGUCCAGAUCCAGCAGAGAGUGGAGCAGCUCAAACAGGAGCUGGCCCCCUACGCUGAGUCCCUUGACACUGAGGCCCUGAGAGCCACCCUGGAGCAGAAGAGCGAGGAGCUGAAGCAGAGUGUGAAGGACCUGCAGGUUCAGCUCGGGCCCUACACCGAUGACCUGAAGCUGAAGGUGGACCAGCACCUGCAGGACUUCCAGGAGCGUGUGGCCCCGGUGACCGAGAAGGUUUACCAUCAGCUGAUGCAGAGAGCCGAUCAGGUGCAAGAAAUGGCCGCCCCAUACGUUGAGGAUCUGAAAGUAAAACUGGAGCCCUACGCCCAGGACCUCCAGGCCCGCCUCACCUCCCUCUACGAGGCCUACGCCAAAUCAACAUAAGUCAACCUCCCCCUCACCUUAAAGGGAAAGUAACUGCAUCAACAGAAACACAAUAAUCUGACCCCGGCACACAAAAUGAACAAAACGACAACACAAGCUAACCAGUUAUAAAUGUUUUAAGAAAAUAAUGACUUGGGGGUUAAUGACUGUGUUAGUAAAUUAAUGAAAAGGGAACAUACCUUGGUAGAUUCUGAAAAUCUGAAAAACAGAUGUUUUUUCUGCAUUGUGAAAUCAGACUGGGGAAAGUGGACAUGAAAAACUAAAAAGACAAAUUGAAGCAGCAAACACAUUAUGAGCUGCACUGAAGCUCAUGAGUUUACUGUGCAUCACCUAUAAUCACUCGUGAAAGCAAGACAGGUGAAAACAUUUGGUAACUAAAGUGUACUGAAGAAAUGUUGUGUAAUAUGCAUUCUUAAGUAAGAAACUAAUGAUUGUAUUUAUAAAAAAAAGAAACUACAGUUAUAUAUUUGUCACACAUCAUUCUGAAUAAUUUAUGAAUGUAUGAAAAGAGAGUUAUUUUUAAAAGAAGAACAUACUAAAGGAGACUGGCAUGUUUUUCAUAAAUUAGUCACUCUCUCCUGUCCACAAGUGAAACCAACACGUACUCAACACGUUGGAUCAAGAUUGUAUAAAUAAAGACGUUGUACAAAUAUCAAGUU